AUGAAUACCUAUUAUCUACUGUCUGUUUGUGACACAGUUGCAUGUGCUCUUGCUGAAGGAUUGAAGGUGAUUGCUUGUGUUGGAGAGACUCUUGAGCAGCGGGAAUCUGGAUCUACCAUGGAUGCUGUUGCAUUACAAACAAAAGCAAUUGCAGAUCGAGUUUCUGAUUGGUCUAAUGUUGUUUUGGCCUAUGAGCCUGUCUGGGCCAUUGGAACUGGAAAGGCUGCUAGUCCUGCCCAGGCUCAGGAAGUGCAUUUUGAAUUGAGGAAAUGGCUUCAACAGAAUGUUGGUGCUGAAGUUGCUGACUCGGUCAGGAUUAUAUAUGGAGGUUCCGUAAAUGGCGCAAACUGCAAGGAAUUGGCAGCACUACCUGACGUUGAUGGAUUUUUGGUUGGUGGAGCUUCUGUAAAGCCUGAGUUCAUUGACAUUAUCAAGUCUGGCACUGUGAAGAAGACCUGCUUAAGCUUGGAGUCACUGAAUCAGGUAUCUUUGGUAUUGAUGCUGCAGUUUUUUUUCUGGUUGGAUUAGCACCAGUUUUUUGCAACUUAAACAGUGCUUCAGGGAAACAAGUUUUACAUAUAGGAUGGAUAUUGCCUGAAACUGGAUGUAAACCAGCAGGUUUCUGAGCAUCUGAGUACUAAUAAAUCUGAACUUUGCUGUUGUUUCAUA